GGGACUUCCUGCUCUUAACGAGUAGGGCUGCAAUAGUGGUUGGAGGGCCGAACCCACGGUCGGUCCGGCUCACGAGGCUGAUGUUCCGGAAAGGGGCAUCCGAGAGGACGCUCCUUCUAGCUUUCUCCUUCACGCGACGCCUCCAUUUGUACAAAAGGCCUGGGCUUUUCGCACCACCACCGCCCAACUGAGACUCUUCCGCUUCCUCUUUUCCCAGGCUCCGCCCCCAGCGUCGUGUGGCCAUGACGACCACUCCUCAGGACACAAUAGUGUGGAAACUCGCCGGGCUGCUGCGGGAGUCCGGGGAUGCAGUUUUGUCUGGCUGUAGCACAUUGAGCCUGCUGACUGCCACACUGCAGCAACUGAACCGAGUGUUUGAACUGCACCUUGGGCCAUGGGGCCCUGGCCAGACAGGCUUUGUGGCUCUUCCCUCCCACCCUGCUGACUCACCUAUCAUCCUCCAGCUUCAGUUCCUCUUUGAUGUGCUGCAGAAAACGCUUUCACUCAAGCUGGUUCACGUUCCUGGUCCUGACCUUCCAGGGCCCAUCAAGAUUUUUCCCUUCAAGUCCCUUCGGCAGCUGGAGCUCCGAGGUGUCCCCCUCCACUGCCUGCACGGCCUCCGUGGCAUCUACUCACAGCUGGAGACUCUGGUUUGCAGCAGGAGCAUUCAGGCACUAGAGGAAAUCUUGUCUGCCUGUGGCGGUGACCUCUGCUCUGCCCUCCCCUGGCUAGCUUUGCUUUCUGCUGACUUCAGCUACAAUACUCUGACCCACUUAGAUAGCUCCCUGCGGCUCUUGUCAGCUCUGCGCUUCUUAAACCUGAGCCACAAUCAAGUCCAGGACUGCAAAGGCUUCCUGAUGGAUUUAUCUGAGCUGUACUACUUGGACAUCUCCUAUAACCACCUGUACUUGGUGCCAAGAAUGGGACCUUCAGGGGCUGCUCUGGGGAUCUUGAUACUGCGAGGCAAUGAGCUUCGGAACCUUCAGGGCUUGGAGCAUCUGAGGAACCUGCGGCACCUAGAUGUGGCUUAUAACCUUUUAGAAGGACACAGGGAGCUAUCACCGCUGUGGCUGCUGGCUGAACUCCGUAAACUCUACCUGGAGGGUAACCCUUUGUGGUUCCACCCUGCACACCGUGUAACUACUGCCCAGUACUUGUCACCUCAGGCCAGGGAUGCUGCUCAUAGUUUCCUGCUUGAUGGUGAGGUUUUGUCACUGAAGGAUCUCCAGACUCCAGAAUCUUCAGGACUUGGUCCCAUGGCUCCACCUUUGCCUUUGUCGUUAGGGAGUACCACUGAAACCUCAGGUGGCCCUGAGCUGAGUGAUAGCCUCUCCUCAGGGGGCAUUGUGACCCAGGCCCUGCUUCGUAAGGUUAAGAGCCGAGUUCGUGUGAGGCGGGCAAGCAUCUCUGAGCCCAGUGACACAGACCCAGAACUCCGAACUCUGGACCCCUCCCCAUCUGGCUGGUUUGUACAACAGCAUCGGGAGCUCGAGCUGUUGAACAGCUUCCGGGAGCGGUUUGGCUGUGACUGGCUGCAGUAUAGGAGCCACCUGGAGACCUCUGGGAGCCCCCCACUCACCACCACCAAGACUCCUGCCCUUAGCACCCCUCCUUUGGAUGUCCAGGGCCUGGAGAGUGUAUGUAGCCCUCUGGCUACAGAGAAAGCUGAAAGCACUAAGGAGUCACCACAGAAGGUGUCAGAGGAAGACAGGGUGGAACCAGAGCCCCAGAAGGAAGAAGAGAGGGAGGAACAGGAUGAAGAGGGAGCAAGAGAAGACCUGGAGGAGGAGGAGCAGGACCAGAAGGAAGUGGAAGGUGCCACUCUUGAUCUCUCCACAGUGGAGCUCUGCCGCCCGAUGUUGGUGUGUCCCCUGCAGGGGCUUGCGGGUGUGCGGGGCAAGGAAUGCUUUCUCCGAGUCACUUCUGCCCACUUGUUUGAGGUGGAACUCAGAGCAGCUCGAACCCUGGAGCGAUUGGAACUGCAGAGUCUGGUGGCUGCUGAGCUAGAGCCAGAGACUGGAACCCAGAGACAACCAGUGCUUGAGGACCCAGAUCCACUCCCUGGGGCCCCUAUUCUUGCACUACGUUUUUCCUACAUUUUCCCUGACCGGCAGUUGCGUCGCUAUGUGGUACUGGAGCCAGAGGCCCAUGAGGCCAUCCAGGAGCUACUUGCUGUGCUGACCCCCUUCACCACUGUGGAACAGCAGCAGCUUGGGAAGGCCAGGAACCCUCAGGAGCCCAGAUUCCAGUGUCUGCGUUGUAGCUGUGAAUUCAAGCCAGAGGAGUCUAUGUUGGGACUGGACAGUGAGGAAGGCUGGAAGCCUCUGUUCCAAAAGACAGAGUCUCCUGUCGUGUGUCCAAACUGUAGGAGUGACCAUGUGGUUCUCUUGACUGUGUCUGGGGAAACCCCUAGCAGAGAGCAGAAUGAAGGGGACAAGACACCAGCCCCUUCCUGGUCCCCCAGCCCUGUCUAUGACUCUGCUGGCCACAGUGACCAUCCCAAUGGGCCUGAUAGCAUCCCACCUCAAACAUCCAUAUCCCGUGUCUGCAGCAGCUGGAGCCUCAGCCCAUCCCCUGGAUGCUGCAACCUGCGUUCUGUGGACCACCGACUCCGGCUCUUCCUAGAUGUUGAAGUGUUCAGUGACUCUGAAGAGGAGUUUCAGUGCUGUGUCAAGGUGCCAGUGGUGCUGGCAGGCCACGCAGGGGAGUUUCUGUGUCUCGUGGUCGUGUCUGACCACAGACUCUACAUGUUAAAGGUGACAGGGGCCAUCUGCGGGCCUCCUGCUAGCUGGCUCCAGCCAACCCUGGCCAUUCCCCUGCAGGAUCUGAGUGGCAUGGAGCUGGGCCUGGCAGGCCAGAGCCUUUGGCUGGAGUGGGCGGCUGGGACUGGCAACUGUGUGCUACUGCCCCGAGAUGCCAGGCUUUGCCGGGCCUUCCUUGAGGAGCUCAUUGGUGUUUUGCAGUCUCUGCCCCCCACCCAGAGGAACUGCAUCAGUGCCACAGAGGAGGAGGUGACCCCGAAGCAUCGGCUUUGGCCAUUGCUGGGAAAAGAUACUUCCUCAGAGACUCCCCAGUUCUUCUACCUUCGGGCCUUCCUGGUUGACGGUUCUUCUACCUGCCCCGUGUCCCUGUUGCUGACAUUGCCCACCCUGUACCUAUUAGAUGAGGACCCUACAGGGUCCCAGGCAGAAUCCCCCCUCCCAGUGGCAUCUGGUGAAGCCUCUAAACAGGCCCCUCCUCUGGGGCCAGGUCCUUCCAUGCACGUCAGGGAGCAGCAGCCACUCAGCAGUCUGAGCUCAGUGCAGCUCUAUCGCACAAGCCCCCUGGACUUGCGGCUGGUCUUCUACGAUGAGGUGUCUCGGCUGGAGAGUUUUUGGGCACUCCGUGUUGUGUGUGGGGAGCAGCUGACAGCCCUGCUAGACUGGAUCCGGGAGCCGUGGGAGGAAUUGUUCUCCAUUGGACUCCGGACUAUAACCCAGGAGGCUCUGGACCUUGACCGGUGAGGCUUCCUGAGCGUUCUUUGACUCAGGAAUCCCACUGCAGAAGUUCCUUCUCCUGGUCUCUGGGCCUGUGUUCCUGCUUCACUACAGACUUCUACAGACUGGGUCGCUGGCCAGUGAGGCCCCAAAUGACCCACAGCUUAAGGGAAGGAUGAGAGAAAUGAUUUUGCCCUUAGGUGAACUGCCCUGUAGGGCAGACUAAGUGGUCAGUAAGAAUGUUUCUCCAUCACUUUUUCUCAGGUAUGAAUAAAGUUGUUUCCAUCCCAGA